UCCGUCAACAGUUUACAACAUUUCAUAUAUGUUUGUGUGUUUAGGUUCAAUUUAAAUUAUAGUCUAAAAAGCAAAUGGACUGCAACUAAAAUGGAAAUUACAAGGAAGAAUUUUGCCGAACAAUUCGAUAACAUAAGUAAAAACUUGAAGAAGUCAUGUUUUGUGGGCUUCGACGCGGAGUUCACGGCCUUAUUAUCAGGAGAGUGCUUCAAACACCGGUUAUUUGAUACAAAUGAAGAACGGUAUGACAAAAUAAAAUCUGAAGUGGGUAGAAUGAUAAUGACACAAGUGGGAUUGACAAUGUUCCAGUAUGACCGCGAACAUGAUACCUAUGUAGCAACGGGAUAUACUUUCCAUCUCUGUCCGCAAGCAUUUGGAGAUGUAGACCAGUCUUUCAUAUUCCAGGCUUCCACACUCAGGUUUCUUUGUCGGCACAACUUUAACUUUAACAAGUUCACAUAUGACGGCAUCCCAUACCUCAGCAAAGCAGAGGAGGUCCAGGUGCGGAAGCACCUCUCUGACAACAUGAUGUUCAAGAACCUCACCCGCAUGCUGGAUAUGGAGGAUGAGAAGCUGCUGCAGAGCCAUUGCUCUGACGUUUCUAAAUGGUUGAGCAACAAUGAAGAGGACACAAUGUAUAUAGAUGUAGAGGGUCCAGUGCUCCGAUAUGUUCUCCACAAUGAGAUCAGGUUGCGCUUCCCCGAGGUCCUCACCACGGAUAGCCUAGGUAAUAGUAACAAGGUAUUAAUAUACAAAGAUAAAUACGUAGAAGGCGCUAACAAUGCUCCGCUGGCCAUUCUAAAAGAAAACCUCAUGAUCCACCUACUGGGCUUCUCUCAAAUCAUCUCACUGCUCGAGCAAUACCAGAAACCCAUAGUCGGCCACAACAUAUUUAUAGAUACAGUGCUACUUCAUAAUCAAUUUAUAGGACCGUUACCUAAGAAAUAUUCAACAUUCAAAAAUAAUAUUCACAAGAUGUUUCCAAAUAUGUUUGAUACGAAAUAUAUUUCUCAUGUUAUGGCGAAGAAAUUGUCGUAUGAUGAAGUGUGGAAAUCGAAUGCAUUACAAGACCUAUAUGAAUUCUUCUCAGAAGCGAAAUGCAAGAAAUUACAAAAUGGAGUAAAUCUUAUAAAGCUGAGUACGCCAUUUGAUGUGCAGCAAACUUACCAUGAAGCGGGCUGGGACUCUUAUUGUUCAGGCUACUGCUUCAUACGGCUCGGGCACUGGGCGGCGUGUGAGAACAUCGGCAAGUUCCGACCAGUCGGGCCGUCGGAGGCGCUCGCGGCGCUCUCUCCCUACAGCGGCAAGGUGAACGUCAUACGGGGCGCCAUUCUGUACAUGAACCUAGAAGGCGACGACCCACCGCGCCAGCGGCCCGACUGGCUGCAUGUCAGAGCCCUGAAGGAGCGGGUUCUCAACGUCGAAAAGUUGGCUUCGCUGCUGGCCGGACUAGGAUCCGUCGAUGUGAAGCCGCAUGACAGUCGCUCGGCGUUGCUUGCCGUCGCUUCGCAGUACACAGCUGAUAAAAUCCUCCGUCAGUUCCGAGACAGUCGAGAGUACAAGAUAUCGAUGUACAACGUGUAUAGACACUCGAAGCGGGCGCGGGUAGCAGUGUGGAGUAGUGCCAUCAUCACAGGUAGCCUGGUGCUAUAUGUUCUCCACAAGAGUGUAAAGGGAUAAAUGUGUAUAAAUAACGUCUAAAUACCUAUUACUACGC